CAAUGAGUAACGUCUUAAAUGAGGUUUUUGAGGUUUUCACACGCUAAGUGACGAUGAUAGUCAACGAUUCUUGUCUUGUCGACAAAGAAAACUCAUCAAAACAAAACGCAAACUUCGAGUUUCACUCAGCUUCUGCACAGCGCUUCCAAUCCUUCAAAAACCCUAAUCCCAAUCUCACUUCGCUAGUUGGUUUGAUUCAAACGACGUCGUCGUGGUAGUGGCAGAGGGAAAAUGUUCGGUGGUGGAGGUGACGAUACCCUUGCGGCUCGCCUCGGCAUGGUGAUGCCGUCGAUGGUGAAUCCGUCAACAUCGUCGAUGAUGUCCGGUGAGAUGUCUGUGGCGCCGGUGAGGGAGGAGAGGGGUCCGUCUCAGCCUCAGUGGACCCAGCAGGAGACGAGGGAGUUCAUAGCGAUCAGGGCGGAGCUGGAGAGGGACUUCACUGCGUCGAAGCGGAACAAGACGCUUUGGGAGGUUGUGAGCUCCAAGAUGAGGGAGAGAGGCUUCAGGAGAAGCCCUGAACAGUGCAAAUGCAAGUGGAAGAACCUUGUCAAUCGCUAUAAGGGAAAAGAGACAUCUGAUCCAGAGCAUGGCAAGCAAUGCCCAUUUUUUGAAGAAUUGCAUGCAGUUUUUACCCAAAGGGCACAGAACAUGCAACGUUUGCUUCUUGAAUCUGAAAAUCGUUCAGCUCAAACAAAGAAAGGGAUGAAAAGGUUAAGUGGGGAUCGAUCCUCAGAAGAAUUCUCAGAAGAUGAUGAGGUUGGAGAUGAGAGCGAAGAGGAGAGACCUGCCAGAAGCAAUACCCGCAAAAGGAAAGCUUCUGACAAAACUGCAAUGGAGAAGUCUUCAAAGGGGAACAAUCCAGGUAAUAAUACUAAUAGUGCUAGUAUUCAGGAAAUGCUCAAGGAAUUUUUCCAGCACCAGCUAAGGAUGGAAAUGCAGUGGAGGGAGAUGAUGGAAAGGCGUGCACAUGAACGACAAUUGUUUGAGCAAGAAUGGCGGCAGACAAUGGAAAAGCUUGAGAGGGAGAGAUUAAUGGUUGAACAGGCAUGGAGGGAGAGAGAAGAACAAAGGAGAAUAAGAGAAGAGAAUAGGGCAGAGAGGAGGGAUGCAUUGUUGACGACCCUUUUAAACAAACUCAUUCAUGAAUCUAACUAAAUGAGGCAAAAGCUUGGGUUCCUUGUAGCAAAUUUCUUUGUUGUUUCCAUAUAGUACAUUAUUCUCAGUUUAGCAGAGAAUGAACCAAAUUUCACAGCAGCUUUAAGUUUCAGAGAAUUUUGGAAAGGAGUAUAUGGUGAACGCAGUCAGGAGAUCAUUUGAAUAUUAUAGGAGUAUAUGAACAAUUUUUUUCUAUAAUUGACACAGAAUUAGCAUUUUAUAUGGAUUAUUUAGGGAUGCUUUUGUUUGGCAUUGAGUUUGGGGAUAUAUUGUAACAAAAAACAGGUAUGGGUUUCAGCCAGUCUGUAAUUUUUCUUAUAUCUGUACAUACAUUAUAUAUUUGCCUACUUCCCUCCAUGAGAGAGAUACAUGCAAGAAUGACAAGUUUGUUCACUAGAUAAAAA